AUGACUACUUGGUAUGAGUAUCGCAAAAGGCUGCAAAAAUUUCAAACUAUUGAUAAAACAACUCAAAGAUUAAUUGAGAAAGAAAAGGAUCACUGGAAAAAUGUUUUAAAAAAAGUUAUUUCAAUAGUGAAAUUUCUUGCUAAACAUAAUUUAGCCUUUCGUGGUUCUAAGGAGAAAUUGUACGAAGAUAGCAAUGGAAACUUUUUGGGUUUGAUUGAAAUGUUGGCUGAAUUUGACCCAAUCAUCCAAAAACAUGUUAGACGUGUUACAACUCAAAAAGUUCAUAUUCAUUAUCUUGGGCAUAACAUACAGAAUGAGUUGAUUUCAUUGCUUGGUUCUGCGAUUAAAAUUGAAAUCAUUAGAAAAAUCAAACAAGCAAAGUAUUUUUCAGUGAUACUUGAUUCUUCUGUUAGUAUUGAGGAAUCAUUUUUAGGAUUUUUGAAUGUGAAUGAUACAAGUGGUCAGAGACUUUUUGAUGUUUUACAAAAUGAAUUGAAAGAACUUGGUCUCGACCUAUUUGACGUGAGAGGGCAAGGUUAUGAUAAUGGGUCCAAUAUGAAAGGAAAACACCAAGAAACUUUGCUUGAAGUGUCAGAAAAUGAUCUUGAUCCUAAAAUACAAAAUGAAGCUAAAUCCUUAGCAAUAAAUAAGCUUGGUAAUUUUGAGUUUUUGAUGGCUAUAAUUAUUUGGUUUGAAAUAUUAUCUGCAAUUAAUUCUGUUAGCAAGCUUUUACAGGAAAAGGAUAUGCUUAUUGAUGUUGCUAUGGAAAAAAUUAAGGGGUUGAUUUCGUAUUUUAAGGGAUAUAGAGAAACAAGUUUUUAUAAGGUAUUGAUUAACGCUAAGGAAAUUGUGGUGGAAUUGAAUAUUGCUCCAAUAUUUCCUCAAAGGCGUAUAAUUAAAAGAAAAAGGCAAUUUGAUGAGAAUUUGAAUAUCCCAUCAGUCGAGCUAUCAGAAGAAGAAUCAUUCAUGGUUAAUUAUUUUCUUUACCUUGUUGAUCAAGCUGUUGUUUCUCUUAAUAAGAGGUUUGAGCAAUACCAAAAGUAUGAAAGUAUUUUUGGUUUCUUGUUUAUUUCUCACAAGUUACAAUCAUUAGAUGAUGCAACUUUGAAGUCUUGUUGUACUAACUUUGAGCAGGCAUUGAAACAUAAUGAGCAAUCUGAUAUUGAUGUGAAUGAAUUUUUUGCAGAGUUGAAGUUACUAAGAGAAAUGUUGUCUAAAGAAACCAUAAGACCUACUGAUAUAUUAUUAUUUUUAAAAGGCUUGGAUUGUUUUUCUAAUACAGUUAUUGCAUAUAGAAUCUUAUUGACUAUUCUUGUAACAAUUGUUUCUGCAGAAAGAAGUUUUUCAAAAUUGAAGUUGUUAAAGACUUACUUGCGGUCUACCAUGUCACAAGAAAGACUUAAUGGAUUGGCAUUAAUAGCUAUUGAAAAUGAUAUUUUGAAGACAAUAAAAUAUGAAGACUUAGUUGACGAUUUUGCUUCAAAAAGUGUUCGUAGGAAGACUCUUUUUAUGUAG